UGUAACGGCUAUUUCCAUUCUCACAGCUUCUGCUUUUUCUCUCAACCACCAGUGGCAGAAUGCUUUCAAUCCCCUUCAAUGCUCCGUCCAAUUCGUCUUCAAUGUCGUUCACCUACCCACCAACCAGCAAGAUAUCAAAACAGAGCACAACAAUUGAUUACUGCAAACCCAGUAGGCAGAACCAAAAGAAAAGAUCCCCUCUAUUCAACAAACGCUCGAGCUCACCUUCUCUCCGCUUGGGUCAUCGUCACCGCCACUCCCCAUCUCUGCAUUCACGGGAAAGAUUUCAGCACUCGGGUGAGACAGUGCAUCGACACAUGGGCACGGUAGUUACAUUAUUAGCCACCGUUAUGGCACGGGACAUUAUCCAACCUGCUGAUCGUACAUUUCGGGACGUGCCAGAACAUAUUCAACAUUCAGAUCGAUAUUGGCCACAUUUUAAGGGUUGCAUUGGUGCAAUUGAUGGGGUUCAUGUCCCCGUGGUCAUUGAUGUUAAGGACCAGCUCCCAUACUAUGGCAGGAAGGGGAUCACCACAACAAAUUGCAUGUGCGCAUGUGACUUUGACAUGAAGUUCACAUUCGCAUGUGUUGGAUGGGAAGGAUCAGCGCAUGACACGAGGAUUUUUUACAGCUGCCUCAAUAAUGAGAGUUACAACUUUCCGAAAGCUCUAGCUGGGAAGUAUUAUUUGGUUGAUUCAGGAUACCCUAUGAGGAAAGGGUUCCUUGCACCAUAUAAGGGGGAGAGGUACCACAUUGGAGAAUUUCGGCCUUCUGAAGUGCUGCAUCGUCCAGAGGAGAGGUUUAAUUAUCUCCAUUCAUCACUCCGUUCGGUCAUAGAACGAACUUUUGGAGUUUGGAAGAAUAAAUGGAAAAUUUUGAGACAUAUGCCACCUUUUAAGAUGCACACUCAAAACUUGGUCAUUGUUGCUACAAUGGUUCUUCACAAUUUCAUUAGAACACAUGAGAUAAACAAUGAUGCUGAAUGUUCAGGAUCUACAGAGGGCACAUCAUUUGGUAGUGAGACAGGUCAUUACGAUGCCAUGGUAGAAACAAUCUCAAUCUUGGACGAACCUCAGAUGAAACAGGUUCGUAUGCGUAUCACAAGAUCGAUAUGUGCGGACGAUAAUUGACUUUUGUGGGGAUCAUAAUUGAUGGUUUUUUGAGUUCGUGGAUUUGUUUUGUUAUAAAUCAUAAGGAUCAAGUGUUAAAUCUGUAUCUUAGAAACUUUUAGGACACUUGAUAGUUUAUCCAAAUUCACACAAAAAGUGUUUUGUUGUUGGCAUCGACUAUGUAUU